AUGCACAUCCUAUCUGCUGUCCUCCCUUUGGUCUUGGGAAGCAUUGGUGUUGCCGGUGCUCCUCGCUCAGCGCGUGUCGCGACAAGAGACGACACAGCAUUCCUCAAUCCUGCUAGCGUGACGACCUUGUCAUCCGCUGAGGUGUCGGCCUUUCAGCCUUACGAGCAGCUUGCACGGGCGGCGUACUGUCCAUCAAGCAGUGUUGCAGAUUGGUCGUGCGGUGAGGCGUGCUCUGCCGUAUCGGGGUUCGAGACGACUACGACUGGUGGUGAUGGCAAUGCUGUCCAACUGUACUACGUUGGUUAUUGGCCGUCCGAGAAUGCGGUUGUAGUUGCCCAUGAAGGAACGGACCCAACUCAGUUCCUCUCCGAUCUGACUGAUGUCGACAUUGCUACCGAGAACCUCGACAGCUCCCUCUUCCCUGGCGUUUCCUCCGACGUUUGGGUUCACAGCGGCUUCGCUAAUGAGCAGGCACAAACGGCUAGCAUUGGGGCGACUACCGUGAUCUGCGUCGGCCACUCGCUAGGAGGAGCACUUGCCGAGUUGGAUGCCGUGUACUUCAAGCUGAACCUUCCGUCCAACAUCGCGGUCGUCGGUCGUACGUUUGGGACACCUCGCGUCGGCAACUCGGAUUGGGCAGACUUGGUCAACUCCCUGGUACCUGACUUUACUCGCAUGAACAACGUGGACGACCCCGUGCCCAUAGUUCCCGGUCGCUUCUUGGGCUUCCAACACCCCGAGACAGAACUACACGUCGUUUCUGAUUCGAGCUACAAAGUCGUGGCUUGUCCGGGCGAUGAUGAUGCGACCGACGCCGACUGCACGAUCUCUUCAGUGCCCAACAUCGUGGAUGCCGACCUCCUCGACCACCUCGGUCCCUACCCUGGAGACGUAUACAUGGGUACCAUCUACUGUACCUGAUGUUAAGUUAUGGAUAUGUAUACCAGUUCGAUUUGUGCAUUCAAAGAUGAUUUGUGUGUCGGACUUGAGUUGGGCAAUCACAAUUGUCAAGACUGGUUCAAGCGUAGUCACCGUGACGAUAUAUGCUGGGCGCUUGCUUGUGACCACAUUAUACAAGACCGGCGUUAGACAAAACGCACUCACUGGGUAUGUCGGAAAUCCAGCAGACCAUGAUCCCGG